AAUUUUAUAUGUAUAAGGAAUGUUAAACAUUUCUACUCGUUCUAUAUUACUGCAUUUUACUAUUUUUUUGCUGUGCUCUAAUUGUUUUUUUUUUCUUUGAUGACAAAAAAGAUACAUUUAUAAAAUUAAAUCAAUACAACUAAUAGCGUACUUAAUUUGCUGACUCGAUCCUAUUUCAAGUUGAUGGUCUUUUUUUAACUGCAUUUCUUAUACGAUUUAUCUCUUGCACAGUUUAUCUUAUAACUGGAACAGACCGUCGACUCGGAAUUGAGUUGAGUCAGCAAAUCGACUACGCUAUAAAUAUCACAGUUUAUGUAAAACAUUUUUUUAUCAGCAAUCUUUAUAUUAUUGAAAUUAUUGUGAAUAUUUUUAUUAUUUUACACAUAUUACAAUUUGUUAUAUGUUUUAUAGUUUAUUAUUAUAUAUUAUUAAUUAUUUUACUAAUUGUAUAUUUCUUUUAGAUUAGAUUGAACGACACGAAAGCUAUCAUAUACCGUGCGAGGCACGUUCGAAAAAGCCCGCCGUGAAACUCGAAUGAAAAGGCGGCGCUCAUCGAGCUCUCGAUCGAGUUGCGAGUUGCGACGGCGUACAUAUACCGGAAACUCGGACGUCUCGUCCUUUUCCGGUGCGGCGUUGGCAGAGACGUGUAGGUAAUAUUUUUCGUCUUUCAUUCUCACCAUGAUACUGUCCCAUCGGCUGCGAGACGGCUGCGCUGGCUGGCUUUCCAUCGGGACGGGCGUGGCGCGCCGCUCAGUCGGCGUCGUUUUCGCGACGUCGCGACACGCGGUCGCUCAGAAAUCUUUCCGAGACGGCGACGUCCGUCAGUCCGUCCGUUUUCUAUCGUCCCGCCUGAUACGCCCGUUGGAAAGCCACAGCCGCCUGUCGUGCUCCGAUCUCGGUCUCUUCACCUGCGCAUUUUGCAUGGCGACCAACUUUGCGUUCUGGAGCCAGUUCAUUCCAUUCCAUUCGGCCGACGCUUGGUGUGGACUCCUACCUACUUUUAACGCGAGAAAUGGGUGCUAGAGUUAAGCGCGAGUUCCUGAGCCCUCGAAAAUUUCCUUCUUUCACGUUAUACGGUAUGUAUGGACUUGUAGCGCGCUCGAACGAACCGUUUUCUCUCUUUCGUCUCUGUAUCGAUCUGCAAAGUUCCUUACGUUACUCCGUUAUGUUCUUUGAAUGUUCCGCGAUUUGGCUAGCGAUAUAGUUUUGUUGGCAUUUAUUACACGAUUUUCCCCUUUUUAAAGUAUCGAAUUUUUCUCGUUUUUGCGAAAAAAAAAUCUAUAAUUCGUAAAAUCAUCUUUUGCGCCUCUAACAAAUCGUUGAAAUUCGCCGUUAAUCGCCAUGAUGCCGUCCGAGUUCCGAGACGUUUGCGUGUUACAUAAGUUUUCUUUGUUCUAAAACACGUUUCGAUUAUUCUCGAAAAAAAAAUCUCGAACUUCCGUUUUUCCCAACUUCCGUUUAAAAGCUAUGAAAAUUUUUGCAAGGAAAUCUCUAAAGAAAAAACAGCAUAUUCGUGGAAUAACUGCCGGGCACGCCAUUUUCAGCAGCUGCUGGCGAUCGCGUAAAGUAGAGCUCGGCGGAGGAGAAUUUAAUCAGGGAAAAGCGACGCUACGCCACGCAUUCUGGGUAAAAUCGUUGACUGUACAAAAUGGCCGUAUGACGUUCGAUUUCCGUUUUUGCGUCUCCGUUCGACAUUCCUAUCGCUCGACCCCAUCGCGAGACGAUCGAAUUCGCUCGAAUUUGCGCGAGAAAAAUCGAGCGACGAAUUUCGUCGAAUGUUUCUCUUCGCUUUUCAUCGCGUAAAUUUCUCACGCGAAACGAAACGCUUGUGUGAGAAAUUUAAGAUUCCAUUUAACAAACGCUUGCCCGUUGCAUAUGUGUAUGUGUCGCGCGCGCGCGCGGGCAUACCACACAACUUUAGUCACGCGAUGCGCGCGUUCUCUCGUCUUCCCUCUCCACUCGCCUCCCGUCCAAUCGCCGCGAAGGCCGAGCGUCUUGGCGUCGUGCGAUUGGCGGGGAGAGGGUGAGGAAAAGACGAUGAGAUGGCGCGCGCGUUGCAUGACGGGAUGACGGGAGAAGCGGCGUAGUGGGGAGGGCGAAGAAGCAAGUCGCGUUCACAAAAUGGCGGUCUACCUCUCGAAUCCGUGAGCAUAUAGCGCACGAUACUCUGAGUUUCUAAUGAUGUCGGGGCCCGUGUCGUCAAACGUGGCCUGAUAUCGCGAGCACGUGUACGCGUGACAGUUGUACGAUUGAGGAUAGGGAAGAUUUCGCGCGCGGUGCGCGUCGGUGAUUACGUCGGUGGAUCGUCGGUGCGACGCGUAGACGGGGAGCCAUGCAGAAAACGUUAGAAUCCGAAUCCGGUAAGGAAUCCGGGUCUGAUUCUGAAAAUGAGAGCAAAAGCGAUAGCUCUUCUUCUGGUAGUAACAGCGGCUCGGGAUCGGGAUCUGAAAGCGACUCUAGCUCUUCGAGCGGUUCCUGUUCCGGAUCCGGCUCCGACUCGGAAAAGUCUGAGAAGUCGGAUGCACCUGCUGCACAAAGCGAUAGCUUCCAGAGCAAAGGCUCGAAUCACAGCACCGAAGCAAAAGUUAGAGUUAAACAUGAGUCUAGUCGAGAGUGGGACGAGAAUCCUGACAUAUAUGGCAUCAGGAGAUCUGGCCGUUCCAGGAAGGAACCCGACAGGCUCGUGACGAAUCGCGAGAGCGACAGUGACGGUCGCAAGAAAUUUAAAAAGAAAGGUUCACACAAUUCGUGGAAUUCAGAGAGUUCAGAUUCAGAAUCUGAUGAAACUGAAAAUCGUAGACCUCCACCUAGCAAAUCCUUAAACAGGCGCGCAGCACAAAAAGCUAAGGAGAAAGCCAAAGUACGAAAGAAACAUAUCUCUGAAUCUUCUGACAAUUCUUCCUAUGACAGUGAUGAUAAUAGAAGACAAGCUAGUAGACGAACAGGCACAGCAGUUAGUUACAAAGAGGAAAGCGAAGAAGGUACCGAUAGCGAGGAUUUGGUUGAAGUUGACGAACCGAAUGCUGCGUCAACAGAGCCUGAUAAUGCGGAAACUAUUGAAACCAUUUUGGCUCAGAGGACAGGCAAAAAAGGAGUUACCGGCAACGUGACGACAAUUUACGCUGUUGAAGAAAAUGGUGAUUCUAAUCCAAAAGAUCUAAGUAACAUGGAAACCGAAGUACAAUACUUGAUUAAGUGGAAAGGCUGGUCUCACAUACAUAACACGUGGGAAUCAGAGGAAUCUUUAAAAGCACAAAAAGUAAAAGGAUUGAAGAAGUUGGACAAUUUUAUCAAACGUGAAUAUAGAAUUCAGCAGAUUAGAGAUCAGGCUGAACCAGAGGAAUUGGAUUAUUUAGAAUGUCAAUUGGAACUUAAACAAGAUCUUCUGAAAAGUUAUUACAAUGUUGAAAGGAUUAUUGCUGACUACAAGAAACCAGACUCGGAACAUCCCGAUUAUUACUGUAAAUGGGAGAAUUUAUCGUAUGCCGAGGCCACAUGGGAAGAUGGAACUUUAAUAGUGAAAAAAUGGCCAGAGAAGAUAAAAGAAUUUCGCUACAGAGAAGAUUCCAAAAGAACACCGAGCAAACAUUGCAAAGUCCUUAAAUCUCGACCUAAAUUUUAUCAGUUGAAUGAACAACCUGCUUAUAUGGGCCAGGAGAGAGAUUUAGUGUUGAGAGAUUAUCAAAUGGAUGGACUUAAUUGGAUGAUACAUUCUUGGUGCAAGGAAAAUAGUGUUAUAUUAGCCGAUGAAAUGGGUCUUGGUAAAACAAUCCAAACAAUAUGCUUCCUUUACUACUUAUUUCACACGCAGCAGCUUCAUGGGCCAUUUUUACUAGUAGUUCCUUUGUCGACAAUGACUUCCUGGCAAAGAGAGAUGUCUCUGUGGGCACCUGAUUUAAAUUUUGUUAUUUAUUUGGGCGAUGUCAGUUCUCGUAAUAUUAUUAGGGAAUACGAAUGGUGCUACCGAGAUUCGAAGAGACUGAAGUUCAACGUCAUACUUACGACGUAUGAAAUAGUACUUAAGGACAAAGCAUUAUUGGGUGCCUUAAGUUGGGCGGUUUUGCUAGUGGACGAAGCUCAUCGAUUGAAAAAUGAUGAUUCGCUAUUAUACAAAGCACUUACUGAAUUUAACACUAAUCAUCGUUUAUUGAUUACUGGUACUCCGUUACAAAACAGUUUGAAGGAGCUGUGGGCCUUAUUACAUUUCAUUAUGCCUACUAAAUUUAACUCUUGGGAAGAAUUUGAAAAGCAACACGACAAUGCUGCACAGAAAGGAUACUCCAAGUUACACAAGCAAUUGGAGCCAUUUAUUCUACGUCGAGUUAAGAAAGAUGUCGAGAAAUCUUUGCCUGCUAAAGUCGAGCAGAUUUUACGAGUAGAAAUGACAUCUGUACAGAAACAAUAUUAUAAGUGGAUAUUAACCAAAAAUUAUGAGGCGUUGCGAAAAGGUGUAAAAGGAUCUACUACGACAUUUUUGAACAUCGUUAUUGAAUUAAAAAAAUGUUGCAAUCAUGCUUUUCUCACGAAACCGAUUGAAGCCGAAAGGGAAAAGACUAACGAAGAUUACUUGCAGCAAUUAAUUCGUGGUUCUGGCAAAUUAGUGCUUCUGGAUAAAUUACUAGUGAGAUUGCGUGACACCGGACAUAGAGUAUUGAUAUUCAGUCAGAUGGUCAAGAUGUUGGAUAUUCUUGGUGAAUAUCUGCAAAGGAGGCAUUUUCCAUUCCAAAGAUUAGACGGAAGCAUAAAGGGGGAACUACGGAAACAGGCAUUAGAUCAUUUCAAUGCUGAAGGAUCACAGGAUUUUUGUUUUCUAUUGUCGACGCGAGCCGGUGGCCUUGGGAUUAAUCUUGCCACCGCAGACACUGUGAUAAUUUUCGACUCUGACUGGAAUCCGCAAAAUGAUUUGCAAGCCCAGGCCAGAGCGCAUCGAAUAGGACAAAAGAAUAAGGUUAACAUCUAUCGAUUGGUUACCAAAAAGUCGGUCGAGGAAGAAAUCGUCGAACGUGCGAAGCAGAAAAUGGUCUUGGACCAUUUAGUGAUACAACGAAUGGAUACAACCGGAAGAACAGUAUUAGAUAAAAAGAAUGCAGGGACCAAUAGUAAUCCAUUUAACAAAGAAGAUUUGACUGCUAUUUUAAAAUUUGGUGCUGAGGAUCUAUUUAAAGACGAAGAAGCUGGAGAUGAGGAACCAGCUUGUGAUAUUGAUGAGAUAUUAAGAAGAGCUGAAACAAGAGACGAAGGGCCGACAACAGUUGGUGAUGAAUUAUUGUCUGCCUUUAAAGUUGCCAGUUUUAAAACAGCAUUUGAAGAGGAUUUAGAACCUAUUAAUCAGCCGAAUGAUAAUGAUGAUGAAAGUAAAGAUUGGGCUGAAAUUAUUCCGGAGAAUUUUCGAAGGAAGGUGGAAGAGGAGGAAAAGUCAAAGGAAAUGGAAGAUCUUUAUUUGCCACCUAGAAGUCGGAAAACUCUUCAGCAACUCAAUCAGGGCGAAGGCAGAGGCAGAAAGCGCAAAAGAGCGCAAGAUGACAGUGACGAUGGCGAAGAAUCGGGUAGUGAGGCAGAAGGAAGUGAUGAUGAUAGACCUAAGAAGAGAGGUAGACCAAGAGUACUACCGCGUGAGAAUAUUAAAAGCUUCACUGACGGUGAGAUACGACGAUUCAUCAAGAGUUAUAAAAAAUUCCCGGCACCUUUGAAACGAUUAGAUGAUAUUGCGACUGAUGCUGAUCUACAAGAGAAACCGAUGUCGGAAUUACGCUUUUUGGGCGAACAAUUGAUGUCUAGAUGCGAUGCAUGUUUAGUAGAAUUUGAAAAUACCGCAAAAGAAAAUAAAGGUGCUGAAGAAGAAGGCAAGGGACCGGGUCGUAAGAGAGGACGAGGACCCACUUUUAAGAUAGGCGGCGUAAUGGUAAAUGCAAAAUCUUUUUCGGCUGCAGUUAAAGAACUCGAACCUUUGGAGCAAGCUCUACCUAGUGAUCCCGAGCAACGUGCUAAUUGGCAUCUCGAUCUUAAGUUAAAACCAGCGAAUUUUGAAUGUGAAUGGACUUCCGAGGAUGAUGCUAAAUUAUUAAAGGGUAUAUAUCAGCAUGGUAUGGGCUCAUGGGAUGCAAUAAAAACAGAUACUAGUUUGGAACUUGGAGAAAAGAUCUUUCCUAAUGGCAAUAAAGCACAACUGAAACGCGUGAACGCUCGUGCAGAAUAUCUUUUGAAGAUUCUAAAGAAGCAAAUUGAUCUUAAAUUAGGAGUGACGCGAAUGAGAAAGCCAAGAAAGCCCAAGGAAACGAAAACAGCAAUUACCAAAGAGAUUAUAGAAGAUAACGAUAGUUCUGGCGACGAAAAUAAGAAAUCAAAAGCCAGAAUUGAUAAGUCUGCAGUUAAAAAAGAAGAAGAGAGCGUUAUAAAGAAAGAGAUCAAGGAAGAAGUCGAUGAUCUAACUGACGAAAAGAAAAAAGAUAAAAAGACCAAGAAAGAGAAAAAAGAUAAUAAAAAGGCGAAAAAGAAUAAACAAACUGCAGGUCCAAUGCAUUUUACUGCAAAUAACGAACCAAGAGCUGUUGACAUAAUCGGUGAAUUAGAUCCACCGAUAUUCGAUGAGUGUAAAGAGAAGAUGAGGCCAGUAAAGAAGGCGUUAAAGGCUCUAGAUAAGCCAGAUAUGUCUUUGAGAGAGGAAGAGCGGGUCGCUCGCGCACGUCGAUUUCUUUGCCAAAUCGGAGAUCACAUCAACACGUGUCUGGCAGAAUAUAAAACUGCCGAACAAGUUAGCGAAUGGAAAAGUAAUCUUUGGUACUUCGCUUCCAAAUUUACAAACUUCAAAGCGAAGAAACUUUAUAAGAUGUAUAAAAAUUUGAUAAAACAAGGUGGCGACAAUAAUGGUGGUACCACAUCUAGUCCCGAUAAAAAAGAGGAGGCUUCUAGUACUGCGAAGCAGAAACACAAUGAAAAGCCGUCUCACGAGAAACAUUUCGAUAAACAACAAUUAGACAGCGGUAAUAAAGAUAACAGAAUAACAAAACGUAAAGUUGACGAUACUGAGGACAACUCGAAUAGCAGUUCGCAAAGUAAGAAACACCUCUCGACUAUUUCUGCUCUCACCAGUAAUAUCAGCAGCACAUCCACGGUUACUAUUGGUGCUAUUACGAUUACGCCUAUAACGUCAACGUCAAAUUCUACAUCGAACACCACUAACAGUGCAGACGUAUCACGACAUAAAGAGCAAAAAGAGUCGAAGCAUAAAGAUAUGAAGAGAGAUAGAGAUCGUGACAGAGAUAGAGACAGGGGUCACGACAGAGGUGAUAGAUUGAGUAUAAGCAAGGAUGACAGAAUUAGGAGAGACGGGUACAUGGGACAUUACAGUGGUAGGGAAGAUGAUCAUUGGUUAUCCAGAGACGGGAGAGAUAUGAGAGACGGCAGAUAUGGAUUCGAUCACAAACGCGAUCGCUUCGAUCCUUAUGGCCGAAUGUCUAGUGGUUAUCACAGAGACAGAGACAGAGAUCGAGAUCGUGGUAUGCACAUGAACGACAAAAGAAGUGAUUAUAGUUAUCGAUACUCGGGACCACCAGGUUAUGGAUAUGGACCAGGUGGUUAUGGUAGUAGCAGUGGUGGUUAUCCUCCUACAGAUAUUCCAUCGAGUCAUUUCAGAAAUCGUGGUUACGCAGGAGAUGGCUACUCCGAUUGGCGGCCAAACAAAGAUUAUAGACGGGAUUACGAUAGAAGACCACCACCGCCAAACGCCAACUCCUAGUGCUUCUUUCUUCCUCGGUUGUGACACGGUAUCGAAGCCGUUUUGUGUAUAAUUUUGCUGCGAGUGAGAGCGUUUGCGUCGACACUGGCUCUCUCAUGUCUCUAUGUGGGAGAAGUACUGAAUGCACGGUGCACGGUUUCUGUAAGCAUGCACCAUACCUUGUAUCUAUAUGUAUAAAGAAUUAUUCUCUGAUGUUCAUUAUAUAUAGGAUAUAUGAUGUCGAAGAUAUGUCUAGAAUGUGCAUCGUACUCCCAAUUAGAAACUUUUACAGAUAUCUACAUUAUGGAAAGAAAAGAGUGACAUUAAAUUAUGGUUCUUGUAAUCGUUAUUUCACUCUUACGAAAAAACAGUAAAUUGGCGAUUGCGUUGUGUUUCCGUGUUUUGUAUGAAAGAACCAUUUAUAGCACAUAACCAGAAGAAAAAUUUUUUAUAUGUCAGAACGUAUAUACUGAGAAAUGUUGAUAAGAAUACGAACAAACAGUGUGUAUUCGCUUCUUUUUAAGUACGUAUUAAUAGGGAUUGUAACUGGUAUAAUUUCUUUGAAUUUUUAUUGCCACGUGCUAAAAUUGUUUUAUUUGAAAUAAAAAAAUAACUACUGAAAAAUAAUAUGACAAAAUGUUUUAUUUAAAUAUAACAAGAUGGUUUUAUUUGAAAUAAAACAAUUUCCUAUAUUUGUCACGUGAUAAACGAAGAUCACUUAUCGAAAAUACAUUUAAAUUAUACUGGAGUACAAUUUCUAAAGUACAAUUGUACUUUUUACAAUUUUUUUUAUUAAUUAUAACCUAAUUCUUUCUCGCAUAUUCGAUUUUGUUACGGUGCAAUUGUGAGAAAAAUUAGUGACGUAUAUAUUGGAUCACGAAUAUAUAUAUUUUCUAUAUCAUACAGUCUGGAUGCGGUCCAGUUGACAGUUCGGAAUAGUUUUCGUUUCCGCUAGUGUUACUAUCGUUGUCAAUGUUUGCACAAAUUAUUUGGUAUUUUUAAAGAUCUUAAUGCUCUAACUCUAGAGCGUCAUGCGUUCCAGACUACUCUGUAAAAUGUUGAAUGGGUCACAUUCGAAACUACUACCGAGCAUUGAUAGUGUUGAUUGCGCCGCAUCCUCUAUCGUACCUUUCAUUAUGUAAAAUAAGUAAACUGCUUCCGCGCUACGCGCAUAUAUUUUGCAUUUUCGAUACUAAUAUGUAUAUUCAUUUUAGAAACAUAGCUCGCGCACAUAAUCGCCUCGAAUGAUACCUGAUUUCACCAAUCUCAUCUGAGAAUUAGAUGAGAAUAACAUAUUAGUCGACUCUACGCUAACAUAAACUAAUCUGAUGGAGUUACAAUAGACAUAAACGGACAUAAUGUUGUGUUGUAGCACAAUGUCUGUGAAAUUGUACAAAUCUAAUCAUCAACGUAUAAAUUUUCUAUAUAAAAAGAAAAUUAAAACUUUAAAGGAACAUCGUGUUGUCAUGUCACAUAAAUAGUAUUGGUGUACGAGAUUAUCCAAUCCGGUAUUGCACUUGCGAAAUAUCAAUCGCAAGAACAGUUAACGCAUUAAUUCAACAACUACCGGAUGUAAUCUGUUACGCAAAUCAAAAUACAGUUUGGAUCUUUUUUUUUCAAUAGUCUUCUGACGCGUUUGUGAUUUAAAGAGAAUAGAAAUAGAUAAGAAUACUAUUUUUACGUUCAUUAUUUUAUGGUACCAUAGUUUUGUAUUCUGAACAAAACCAAUGUGACAUAUUUGUAUAUAUUAGCAUAAGAGCAAUAGUUAUACUCUGUUCGUAUCGAACUAUUGAAUCACUUAAUAUAGCAUUACGCUUUCUUCAUUUAAUAUAAAGUAUGAGGAGAUAUUUGCCUUAAUCUUGUUUCAGUCGAAAAGAAGAAAAAGAAAAGACAAAAGAAACACUGAUCUAAGAAUUUUGUAUUAUCUAUAAUCAAGAACAUCUCUCGUAGAAUAUUUUUUAACUAAAAGGAUUUCCGAUUUUGAAAUUAACUGUAAAGAUAAUCAAUCAUAUUUGCUUUAUUAAUAAUGAACAGUUAAUGUUUUUUUUUUUUUCAACAAGGAAGGGUUUCUCAUAAAAUUUUAUAUUCAUAGAAAAUAUGAAAAAAUAACGGAGAAGUUGAGUUCUCUUGUAGAACAUACAUUAUCUUGUAUAAUCUGAGACUGUCGACAUUGCAUGCUGAACACACACUGUCUUAUCAUAUAUAAAAUAAAUUAUUUUGUAGAUUAUUUUAUGCGCCCGAGUGAAGCCGAUUUUGCAAUUUUCAUGUGCAUUUCUGUAAAUAGUAGCGUAUAUUAAGGAAGCGGAACAACAUAUUGGCGACAGUUUUAUUAAGAAAAAAAAUGAAUGUAGUUCGUAUUUUUUUGUGUUUAUUUUUUUGUGUUUGGAGGCAGGAUUGAUCACGUGGCAACAGGAAUCUGCUCGCUACAGAUUUUCAUUUGCGAAAUAAUGUUUCAGACGCAGCGAGAGCUAUUUAUAAUUUAUUACGAACAUCUGACUGCGAUAAGAGCGAUGCGGGAUGUAUGAUGAUGCAUGGAGUGAUCGGGUAAGGAGAAUGCAAGUUGUAAAUACCGAUUUGGAAAAUGAAAUACAGUGGCAUAGCGGAAUAGAGUUUAAUAUAUCGUAUAUUAGAUAUGUAAAGCGAUCAUAACAACGUAUUUUAUCUAUCUUUAUUGUAGAUUACUCUGCGUUUCUGAAAAUAUAUCUGCAGAAAAGUUUUUCAUGGUA